AACUUCAGAUUUCUUGUUAACAUAAUUUUUUUAAAUCAAACUUUUUCUAAAUAUGCCUGACGGAUGCUUUGUGUAUUCCAAAAGUUAUUCUUAGUCUUCAUACCAAAACAUACAUCUUUCGUUCAUCUGUUUCAAGAAUAUAUCUACAAUUUUGUGAGAAAGCUUCCGCUUUUCAAAACAGUAUCAAUUGUGAUUGGCGAACAGAAAGGUGUGUUCUUGUGGCUUGUGCGGACGCGAUUAAGGAAGGCAAUAUUUAGUUUUCCACAGUUUUUACAAUUUAUUCGGUUUGUCUAGCUGAUCUGCGGCUAAUGCGGUUGUGACAUAGGAAUAAAAUAUUUUGAAUAGCCUAAAUAAUCGCAAAAUCUGUAGCCUCUGGAAAAACUGGCUAAUACGUAUUUUUAGUCUUGCAAAUUUUGUUAAAAAUAAACACAAAUAAGUGACGUAAUAUUUUCCCCGUGAAAAGAGCUUUCGGCAGUGCGGGAGCGAGAGCAUAAAUGAAAGAGGAGAAAUGGGCGGAUUUUGAAAUUUGUUAUGAAAUUUGCACUUGCGGGUCGUGCAUGUAAAUAAAUACAAAUUUGUUUUGUUUACAAUUUUAUGUUUAUAAACAAAUGAAAGUCACGUGUGUAGCUGCAUCAUAAAACAACAAAUAUAUAUGCAUGUGUCUGUAUGUAGUAUGCAAAGUUUUGACAUAAGCCAUCAUUGAUUAAUGAAUUACUGCUGAUUUCUUGCAAUCGAGUUACUCCUUGGAUACUUCACUAUUUUGAUUAUGUCGAAAAAGUGCGGUGUUCGUUCGCUGAGCGAUAGCGCUUUGGCCGAGUUGGCCAACCAGAUUGUGUCGACGAUCGGCUAUGCCAAGUACGCGCCCGAUGUUGUACUGGACAUUGACAUCGUGAUGGUCGACAUCAACCAAUACCUCGAGCAGACGGGCGCCACCUGGAAUAUUUACCAAGACCUGUUGCGCGUCAUACUCAGCUCCGAUUAUCUGGACGCCAAUAUGCGUUUCACCUGCUUGCAAAUGCUGCUCAACGGCAGCGUAUCGUUCUUAGUAACCGAAGUCUUUCCCUUUUCCUACUAUGAAAAGAUUCUGCAAGUGAUUGCCGCACAGGGUACCGGCCUGCGCGUACUCAAUUUGAAGGGGGUGUGGGUCAAGGAGGAGCACAUGCAUUACCUUUUCGAAAUCGUGCGCAAAUGCACGCAUCUAACCAAGUUGUUUGUGCCCUACAUCGCUAAUGAUGAUCUCUUGGAGGUGAUUGCCAAGCACUGCCGGCAGUUGCAGGUGUUGGACAUCUCUGGCGAGACGGAUAUCACUGAGAUCGGCGUUGAGUUUCUUAGUCAUGGCAUGUGCAGCGAGAAACUAACGGUUGUGGAUAUCGGCAUGCCUGGUGAGGAGAACAUUUGUUACUCGGAUAUUUCACUUAUAUUGGAGCACUGUCCCAAUGUGGAGACGCUCUCCACUUACUCGUUUGUUGGCGCUUCGCUGAAGUUUGUGCAUGACAACAUUGACGAGGAUUUCCGGUGCAAGCUGCGCUACUUACACGACACUGGCACAGAUGAGGAGACGCUGCGUGUGAUUGUUAAGACAUGCCCACACUUGGAAUCGCUUUAUCUGGACACGCCCAAACCGGGUGCACUAUCAGUACUUGGCAAUAUAUUUUUGCGAAAGUUAAAAAUCUAUAAAUUUUCCUGCGUUGAAGUGAUGGAGGUGCUCGAUAAAAUCGGCCGAAAUCUCAACCACCUGACCAUGAUUAAGGGUGUCGGGCAUUUGGAAAUAAGUAAACUAGUGCGCAUUUGUCCAAUGCUGAUUGACUUGGACUGCUACAUGAUGGACGGGCUGUCCUACACAAAGGAUGUCAACCGGUUUGAGUGUUUGGAAGGCUUGGAAAUGCUCAGUAGCCCUAUGUCGAAUGCCUCACUGAAGAUGCUUAUAUGCAGUUGUAGACAGCUGAAGCGCUUGGCUGUGGACAGUAUUAACUUCACGGAUGAAGAUAUUGUAAACAUAUUUGUGGAGCAUGAUUUCAAUGAACUGGAGGAUAUCUGGUUUACAUUGGCGCCAAAUUUGACGGUUCAAUCAAUUGAGAUUCUUAUGGAUCGCUGUCCGGAACUACAAACGGUUGGACAACUGAGUGGAUGGUCGUUGACUCCAGAUGAUUUGGCGUUGAUACGAGGGUUACUGAAGAGCGGAAAUUCCUGUCUUCGACUGCAGUAAAGACUAUCGGAAUGGAAAAAGUUUCAAUCAUUCGAACUUACGUGGGCACUUGCUUGGAUGUAAUUUGGGCGCAUAUAAAAUCUAAGCCUAUUAAAAAUGUGAUAGUAAAUUAAAUUUAAAAUCUAUGUAAUUAAAAAGUGAUAAAUGGAAAAUGGAAGCAUGGAAGCAUGGAAAAUAAAAGAAAGCAAUACUAAAAUUC